CGCUGCAUUCGCUUCCAUUAUAGGAAUUUUGCGCAAAACUAAUUUAACAGUAGGUGAUUUUGACGACAGUUUGUAAAACAAUGACCAGUGAGUGAGCCAGUGUGCGAGAAUGUUUAUUAAAUCCAUCAUAAUAGACGGCUUCAAGUCGUACGGCAAACGUACGGAGAUCCAUGGAUUUGAUCCGGAGUUCAAUGCCAUCACCGGUCUGAACGGAACCGGUAAGAGCAACAUUCUGGACUCGAUCUGCUUUGUGCUGGGCAUUUCCAAUCUGGUUCACGUCCGAGCAACGUCCCUCCAGGAACUGGUGUACAAAAGUGGUCAAGCGGGUGUGACAAAGGCAACGGUUACGCUCGUGUUCGACAACACAGACAAGGACCAGUGUCCGCUGGGCUACGAGAAGUGCAACGAAAUUUCCAUCACGCGUCAAAUCGUCGUGGGCGGGAAAAACAAGUAUCUGAUCAAUGGCAAGACGGUCCAGAAUAAGAAAGUGCAGGAUCUGUUCUGCUCGGUUCAGCUGAACGUGAACAAUCCUAAUUUUCUGAUCAUGCAGGGUCGCAUCACGAAGGUAUUGAACAUGAAACCGCAGGAAAUUCUGUCCAUGAUUGAGGAAGCGGCGGGGACCAGCGUGUACGAGGCCAAGCGGGAACAUUCGAUAAAGUUGAUUGAGAAGAAGGAUGCCAAGCUGAAUGAGUUGUAUACGGUGCUUCGGGAGGAAAUUGAGCCAAAAUUGGAUAAACUCCGCAAAGAGCGAGCUCACUACGUUGAAUAUCAAAAGAUCUGUCGUGACAUCGAAUAUCUUACAAGGCUGUACAUUUCCUUCAAGUACCUUCAGCACGUAAAAGCCGUGGAAAAUUCGGAGAAGGCAAUUGCCGCUUUGAACGGCGUGAUCGAUAGUAAUCGGAAGACAAUUGAAACCAACGUGAUCGAAAGCAAAGAAAUCGAGGCAAGUGCUAAAGCAUUGCAGGAAACGAUCGACACCGAGGGCGGUGGCGUGCUGACCAAACUGGAAGCGGAGCUGAAUGCCGAGAGUAAGAAAGAGGCAACGGCUUCUGCUAAUCGGGAUAGCACCAAGGAAAGCAUUGCGGUUGAACAGAGAAAGCUUAAAAAUUUACAGAAGAGUACCAAGGAUGACGAGGAUGCCUUGCAGAAGAAGGAAGCGGAAAUGCAGCGGACAGGGGACAUGUUUCAAAGUCUGAAAGAUGCUGAUGAGGCGGAUACCAAGGCCUUUGCUGAUGCCCAGAAGCGUUUUGAGGCCGUCAGUGCGGGGUUGUCCACCAACGAAGAUGGGGAAGCUGCUACCUUACAGGAUCAGUUGAUGGCCGCGAAGCAGAAAACGGCUGAAUCGGCAACGGCCAUCAAACAAAGUGAGAUGGAACUGAAGCACUGUCAGCAGCUACUGAAGGAGAAGCAAGGGGAUAUGAACACCAGUGAUGCGGCUUAUUUGGAGGACAAAAAGAAACUGACCAAAACUGAAGGGCAAAUCCAAUCCAUCACGACAGAACUGCAAAAGAUUGACUACGAAGAAGGAUCCAUCGAGAAGCUGCACGAACGGAAGCAAGUUUUAUCGCAUGAAAUUCGUAAUCUUCGCGGGGAGCUUGAUAGGAAAAAUGCCUAUCGUUGGGAGUUUCAGUAUCGCGAUCCGGAACCGAACUUCGACCGUUCGACGGUAAAGGGAAUGGUUGCCAAGCUGGUGACGGUUCGGGACAAGAAAUACGCCCUCAGUUUGGGUACGGCAGCCGGAGGAAGUUUGUACAGUGUGAUUGUCGAUUCGGAUACCACCGGCAAGAAGCUCUUGCAGAAGGGUCAACUGCAGAGCCGUACAACCAUGAUCCCGCUGAAUAAGAUCACCAGCCGUUCGAUCGACAACAAUACCGUUCGGGUGGCCGAAAACUUGGUGGGCAAGGGAUGCGCUGUGACGGCCCUGUCCUGUGUGGACUACGAUCGUCAGCUGGAACCGGCUAUGAAGUUUGUCUUUGGUCAUUCGUUCCUGGCGGAUGACAUGAAUGUGGCCAAGCGGGUGACCUAUCACCGGCAGAUCAUGUGCCGGUCGGUGACGCUGGAUGGCGAUGUGGUGGAUCCCAGCGGAACGUUGUCCGGCGGUGCCAAGCCCAAGGGUGGAACCGUGUUGCUCGAGGUGGAAGAGAUCAAUCAGAUCCAGAAGCUGCUGGCGCAGAAGGAGACCGAGUAUCAGCAUGUUUGCGACGAGAUUAGCAAACUGGAACGCAUUGCCCAUCGUUACAACCAACUGAAGGAGCAGCUGGAUAUGAUGAACUACGAGCUAAAAACGUUGCAGCAGCGUUUGGCCCAGACCAGCUACCAGCAAGCGCAGGCAGAAAUCGAAGAGCUGAAGCAAAAAAUGGAAACUCUGAAGCUGACCAUGGUGGAAGCCCGCCAGGCACAAACGCAGGCAAACGCCAAGGUGAAGGAUCUAACUGCGAUGAUCGCCGACAGCAAAGGUCACCGGGAAAGGGAGCUGAAGGCCGCCGAGGACGACUUGAAACGAGCGAAGAAGAGAAGCGAGGACAGUCGGAAAAAUUGGAAGAAACAUGAACAAGGUUUCGAAACGCUAAAACUGGAAAUCGAAGAACUGCAAAAGAGCAUAGCAGCGGCCAAGGAGCAAGCUACUAAGCUGGAAGAGACGAUAGAGGAGUUGCAGCAGACCCUGCAGUCAGCCAGCGAAAACAGCUCGGCGUUGACGAAGGGAGUUGCAGCGGUGAAGGAGAAAAUUAAGCAACAUAAGGAAACGAUCAACAACCAGAAUAAGGAACUCAAGGCAAAGUAUCAUCAUAGGGAUAAGUUGUUGAAGCAGAACGACGAGUUGGAGUUGGAUAUCAAGAAAAAGGAAAACGAUAUCCAGAAGGUUAGAAACGACAAUAAGGAUGGGUAUAACAAGAUAAGCGCACUGGAGGAGAAGUACCCUUGGAUCGGCGAGGACAAGGAAUUCUUUGGGGUUAAGAAUACGCGGUACGAUUACAAUAAGGAAGAUCCACAGGAAGCGGGAAGAAAGCUCAAUAAAUUGCAGGAUUCGAAGGAAAAGAUGGGAAGGAACAUCAAUCAGAAGGCGAUGGUUUUGCUGGAGCGAGAGGAGGAACAAUACAAGGAGGUCAUGCGUCGCAAGCAUGUCGUGGAGGAAGAUAAGAAGAAGAUUCAAAAGAUUAUCACCGAUUUGGACGAGGAGAAGAAGAAACAACUGAAAGUCGCAUGGACGGAGGUGAACGAAAAUUUUGGCAGCAUUUUCAGUACACUCCUUCCGGGAACACAAGCCCAGUUGGUACCACCGGACGGAGUCAACUUCAUGAAGGGUCUCGAAGUGAAGGUCGGCUUCAACGGUAUGUGGAAGGAAUCUCUUACGGAACUGAGCGGUGGACAGCGCUCGCUGGUGGCCUUAUCGCUGAUCUUGGCAAUGCUGAAGUACAAACCGGCCCCGUUGUACAUCCUGGACGAGGUGGAUGCCGCGCUGGAUCUUUCCCACACUCAGAACAUUGGCAACAUGCUGAAGGCACAUUUCACCAAUUCCCAGUUCGUCAUCGUGUCUCUCAAGGAUGGUAUGUUCAACAAUGCGAAUGUGCUGUUCCGAACUAAGUUUAUCGAUGGGAUGUCCGGUGUGACGCGGACCGUCAAUCUGGCUCACGCGAAGGCGAAAGCUGCGGAUAGGUGAUUGCGGUCAGGCGGAUGAUUGGGUUUGAUAAGAGGUACAAAGUAUGAGUGUUCAGUACGGUAAGUUUGAGAAAAUAGUUCCAAA